AUGGCUGACUUUAGCCAAGAGGAACUGAAACUCUUCGCCACAGAGGUGAAUGGCGAGGUCUCAGAUCGCCCCAUGUGUGGUAUCAUCGACGUCAAAAUCCGAGGCUUCUACCAAACGAUCGACAACGGACACUGGAAUACGGCUGCAGAGUAUUUGAGAGAAGACGCCAAGCUCGUGGCGGAUCUAGCUAUGCCAGGUUCUAUCCACGAAAAUACGAACUCGGUCGUCGAUUACUACAGAGCUCGCUACUACAGACUGAAACGCACUGUGAUCAAGCUCUUGGUUAUCGACAGAGGCAGGGCUACCUGCUCUCUGGAGUCCUUCUGGCUGGUAGAUAAACAUCGCUGUGAUGUACCAGCCAUGAAGGCAACGACCCUCAUGCGGCAACGUGAAGUCUGUGUCAUUGACUUGGACGAGAAUCACCUUAUCAAACGAAUCGAGUAUCGAGACACAAGCGAACGUAUCAGCGUCACAAAGGGCAGUCGCAAGAAAAUGAAUCACGCUGUAGCGGAAUCUGAGAAGGAUGUCGUGGUCAUGAUGGAGCAUUUCGGAUAUUAA